GCCGCCGCAUCGCCGCCGCCGCAGCGCAACCGGCGCGGAGCCCAUCAAGGUGUACGGACAGGUUAGCCUGAACGAUUCACACAACCAGAUGGUGGUCCACUGGGCUGGAGAAAAAAGUAACGUGAUCAUCGCUCUGGCUCGGGAUAGUUUAGCCCUGAUGGGUCCCAAAUUAAGUGAUGUGUACGUGUCUUAUGACUAUGGAAAAACCUUUAAAAAGAUCUCGGGGAAGUUCAAUUUUGGCCCAGGGAACGCCAGCCAAGCUGUGAUUGCCCAGUUCUACCACAGUCCAGCUGACAACAAGAGGUAUAUUUUUGUUGACGCCUUCAGUCAGUACCUCUGGCUCACGACGGAUUUUUGCAGGACCAUUCAAGGCUUCUCAAUUCCAUUCAAAGCUGCAGACCUGCUUUUGCACAGCCGGCUACCAAACCUCGUGUUAGGUUUUGAUAAGUCCCAUCCCAACAAACAGCUGUGGAAGUCUGAUGAUUUUGGACAGACGUGGAUAAUGAUCCAUGAACAUGUGAAAUCGUUUUCCUGGGGCAUCGAGCCGUACGACAAGCCAAACACAGUUUACAUAGAACGGCACGAACCAACGCACUCCUCUACGAUCCUUCGCAGCACCGAUUUCUUCCAGACCCGGGAAAACAAAGAGAUUCUCCUGGAGGAGGUGGAAGACUUCCAACUCAGGGACAAAUAUCUGUUUGCGACAAAGGCCGUGCCUCUUCUGGGGGCCCAGCAGCAGACGUCCGUUCAGCUUUGGGUGUCCUUCAACCGCAAACCAAUGCAAGCUGCCCAGUUUGUGACCCGGCACCCUAUUAAGGAAUAUUAUAUUGCGGACACAUCUGAAGACCAGGUGUUUGUGUGUGUUAGUCACAGCAACAACAGCACCAACCUCUACAUCUCCGAAGCGGAAGGCCUGAGGUUUUCGCUGACUUUGGAGAAUAUUCUCUACUACAGCCCCGGAGGAGUUGGGAGUGACACCUUGGUCAGGUAUUUUGCAAACGAGCCGUUUGCUGAUUUCCACCGCGUCGAAGGGGUGCCCGGGGUCUACAUUGCCACCCUGAUCAAUGGCUCCUUCAGUGAAGAGAACAUGCGCUCAGUGAUUACCUUUGACAAGGGGGGGACUUGGGAAUUCCUCCAGCCUCCGGAGUAUACGCGCUAUGGGGAGAAAAUACAUUGCGAGCUUUCUCACGGCUGUUCUCUCCACCUGGCGCAGCGUCUGAGUCAGCUUCUCAGCUUCCAGUUGCGCAGGAUGCCCAUCCUGUCUAAAGAAUCUGCUCCUGGACUCAUAAUCGCCACAGGCUCUGUGGGGAAGAACAUGGCUAGCAAAAUGAAUGUGUAUGUCUCCAGCAGCGCUGGUGUCCGAUGGAAAGAGGUCCUGUCUGGACCCCAUUAUUAUUCUUGGGGUGACCAUGGAGGGAUCCUCAUGGCAGUGACCCAGGGCACAGAGACAAACCAGCUCAAGUACAGCACAAAUGAAGGGGAGACCUGGAAGACAUUCACCUUCUCAGAUAAGCCAGUCUUCAUCUAUGGACUCUUGACAGAACCUGGAGAAAAAAGCACCAUCUUCACCAUCUUUGGAUCUUACAAAGAGAAUGGGCACAGUUGGCUUAUCCUGCAGAUCAACACAACUGACGUACUUGGGGUGCCCUGCACAGAAAAUGAUUACAAGCUGUGGUCCCCCUCAGAUGAGCGAGGCAACGAGUGUCUCUUGGGGCAUAAGACCGUCUAUAAAAGGCGAACUCCCCACGCGACGUGUUUCAAUGGGGAGGAUUUUGAUCGGCCAGUCAUGGUCUCCAACUGUUCCUGCACCCGAGAAGAUUAUGAAUGUGAUUUUGGCUUCAAGCUAAGUGAAGACCUGUCAUUAGAAGUUUGUGUUCCUGAUCCAGAAUUUGCUGGCAAGGCAUAUUCUCCUCCUGUGCCUUGUCCUGUCGGCUCAUCUUACAAGAAGACCAAAGGUUAUCGCAAGAUAUCUGGAGACACUUGUUCGGGGGGUGACGUUGAAGCUCGGCUGGAAGGGGAAUUAGUCCCAUGUCCCUUAGCAGAGGAGAAUGAAUUCAUUCUGUACACUACAAGAUACUCCAUCCACCGGUAUGACCUGUCAUCGGGGGUCAGCGAAGAGUUGCCUGUAACAGGAUUGCGUGGGGCAGUGGCUCUGGACUUUGAUUAUGAUCGCAACUGUUUGUACUGGGCGGAUGUGACACUCGACAUUAUCCAGCGGCUGUGUCUAAACGGGAGCUCUGGACAGGAAGUCAUCAUCAGCAUUGGUCUGGAGACAGUAGAGGCCUUGGCCUUUGAACCCAUCAGUCAGCUGCUCUAUUGGGUGAAUGCCGGCAUUCCCAAAAUUGAGGUUGCCAACCCAGAUGGAGACUUGCGACUUACAGUUUUGAAUUCUUCUGUGCUUGAGCGGCCCCGAGCCUUGACAUUGGUCCCCAAAGAAGGGUUAAUGUUUUGGACUGACUGGGGAGAUUCCAGGCCUGGGAUCUACCGCAGCGAAAUGGAUGGCUCUUCCCCAGCAUGCAUUGUUGCUGAGGGGGUGAGGUGGCCCAAUGGCAUUUCUGUGGACGAUCACUGGAUCUACUGGACAGAGGCCUACAUGGACAGGAUUGAGCGCGUUGACUUCAGUGGCCUGCAGAGAUCGGUGAUCCUGGACAGUCUGCCCCACCCCUACGCCAUUGCUGUUUUUAAGAAUGAGAUCUAUUGGAAUGAUUGGUCGCAGCUGAGCAUUUUCAGAGCCUCCAAAUACAGUGGAUCUAGAAUGGAAACUCUGGUCGAUCAUCUUAACGGGGUGAUGGAUAUGAAAAUCUUCUACCGUGGGAAGACAGCAGGGGAGAACGCCUGCGUGGCCAACCCUUGUAGCCUCCUCUGCCUGCCAAAGUCUAACAACACCUGGAGCUGCAAGUGCCCAGAGGGAGUCUCCAGCCAUGUGCUCCCUUCAGGGGAGGUGAGGUGUAACUGCCCUACCAGGUAUGGUCUGAAGAACAACACCUGUGUGAAGGAAGAAAACGUCUGCCUCUUCAACCAGUACAGAUGCUUCAACGGGAACUGCAUCAACAGCAUCUGGCAAUGUGACAACGACAAUGACUGUGGCGACAUGAGUGAUGAGAAGAACUGCCCGACAACGGUGUGUGAUCCUGAUACUCAGUUCCGGUGCCAUGAAUCUGGGACCUGUGUCCCACUGUCCUACAAGUGUGACCUGGAAGAUGAUUGUGGGGACAACAGCGAUGAGAGCCACUGCGAAGCCCACCAAUGCCGGAAUGAUGAGUUCAGCUGCAAUUCGGGGAUGUGCAUUCGUCUCUCGUGGAAGUGCGAUGGAGACAACGACUGCCGGGACUGGUCCGACGAAGCCAACUGCACCACUGUCUAUCAUACCUGUGAAGCCUCCAGUUUCCAGUGUCACAAUGGCCACUGCAUCCCCCAGAGGUGGGCCUGUGAUGGAGAUGCUGACUGCCAAGAUGGAUCUGACGAGGACCCCACCAACUGCGAGACAAAAUGCAAUGGCUUCCAGUGUCCAAACGGCACCUGCAUCCCAUCCAGUAAGCGAUGUAAUGGAGCACGGGACUGUUCUGACGGCUCGGAUGAGCAUCACUGUGAGCCCCUCUGUACGCAUUACAUGGAUUUUGUGUGCCGAAACCGACAACAGUGCUUGCUUCGUCCCAUGGUGUGUGACGGCACCGUGCACUGUCAAGACGGCUCGGAUGAAGACCCUGCGUACGCCGGAUGCUCCCAAGACCCAGAGUUCCACCACACUUGUGACCAGUUCAGUUUUCAGUGCCAGAAUGGCGUGUGCAUCAGCCUGGUGUGGAAGUGUGAUGGCACGGAUGACUGUGGGGACUAUUCCGAUGAGGCGAACUGUGAAAACCCAACGGAAGCCCCAAACUGUUCUCGGUACUACCAGUUCCAGUGUGACAACGGGCAUUGCAUCCCCAACCGGUGGAAGUGCGAUGAGGAGAACGAUUGUGGGGACUGGUCAGACGAGAAGGUGUGUGGAGGUUCGGCUGUUGUUCCCGUGACAACGACGGCCCCUACCACAUGUUCCCCCAACCACUUCCGGUGUAACAGUGGUGCCUGCAUCAUGAACAGUUGGGUUUGUGACGGAUACCGAGAUUGCGCUGAUGGCUCCGAUGAAGACGCUUGCCCCACUUCGCCUGUCGGGAUCCUGCCGACGUCUGCCGGUGCCCCUGGACGCUGCAGCCGCUUUGAGUUCGAAUGCCAGCACGUGAAGAAGUGCGUCCCAAACUGGAAGCGCUGCGAUGGCUUGAAAGAUUGCCAGGAUGGGACGGACGAGCUCAACUGCCCUACUCACAGUACCUUAUUGUGUCCCAGUGGGUUCAAAUGUGAAGAUGGAGACGUGUGCAUUAUGUUGGCCGAGCGUUGUGAUGGGUUCCUGGAUUGUUUUGAUAGCAGCGAUGAAAGAAACUGCACUGAUGAGAACCUUGUCUAUAAAGUCCAGAACCUACAGUGGACGGCAGAUUUUUCAGGCAACAUCACUCUGACCUGGGCUCGCCCCAAAAAGAUGCCUCUUGCUUCCUGUGUCUACACGAUCCAUUACAGGAUGGUUGGAGAAAGUGUGUGGAAAUCCUUAGAAACUCACAGCAACAAAACCAGCAGUGUCUUGAAGGUGCUGAAGCCCGACUGUACGUACCACGUCAAAGUUCAGGUCCAGUGCUUGACGAAAACCUACAACACCAAUGACUUCAUCACCUUGCGUACCCCGGAAGGAUUGCCAGACCCUCCCCGCCAUCUUCAACUGGUGCUGAAGAAAGAAGCUGAAGGUGUUGUGAUUUGCCAUUGGGCGCCACCAGCCAGCGCCCAUGGCUUGAUCAGAGAAUACGUGGUAGAGUACAGCAGGAGCGGCUCCAAGGAGUGGUCGUCUGUGAGAGCCUCCAGCAAUUACUCAGAAAUCGAGAGCCUGCAGGUCAACUCUCUGUACACAUUCCGAGUUGCCGCGGUAACUAGCCGUGGAGUGGGAAACUGGAGCGAUUCCAAAGCCAUCCGCACGGUAAAAGGAAAAGUUAUUCCAGCACCUACGAUUCAUAUUGAUGGUUACAAUGAAAACUCCAUAAGCUUCACCCUCAAGAUGGAAGGUAACAUUCAGGUGAAUGGAUAUGUAGUGAAAAUCUUCUGGGCUUUUGAUACCCACAGACAAGAAAAAAUAUCCUUGUUCAUCGAUGGUGGAAAGUCGGCACAGACUGUGGGUAAUUUGACGGCACAGACCCCCUAUGAGAUUUCUGCCUGGGCCAAGACGGAGCUGGGUGACAGCCCUCUCUCCUUUGCCCAUGUGGUGACCGCUGGCUCGAGACCAUCCCCUCCCAGCCUGAAAGCCAAAGCUGUCAACCAGACUGCCGUGGAGUGUAACUGGACUGGCCCAAAGAACGUGAUAUAUGGUGUAUUUUAUGCCACCUCUUUCCUGGAGUUGUACCGAAACCCCAACAACGCUACCACCGCCCUCCACAACAUCACGGUCAUCGUCAACAGAGAUGAGCAAUACUUAUUUCUGGUACGUGUGGUUUCUCCGUACCAAGGACCACCUUCCGAUUACAUUGUGGUGAAGAUGAUCCCGGACAAUCGCCUUCCUCCUCGGCACCUCCAUGUCAUACACCUGGCGAAAACAUUUGCGGUCAUUAAGUGGGAGUCACCGUACGAUUCACCUGAUCAGGAUAUGUUGUACGCUGUGUCUGUGAAAGAUUUAGUCCGAAAGACGGAUAGAAAUUACAAGGUGAAGACUCGUAACAGCACGGUGGAGUAUACCAUCAGAAAAUUGGAGCCUGGUGGGAAAUACCAUAUUGUCGUUCAACUGGGAAACAUGAGCAAAGAAGCCAGUUUGAAAAUUAGCACAGUAUCUCUCGCUGCCCCAGAGGCCUUAAAGAUUAUUGCAGAAAAUGACCAUAUCUUGUUGUUUUGGAAGAGUUUAGCCUUAAAAGAAAGCCAGUUCAGUGAAAGCCGGGGCUACGAGAUCCACAUGUUUGACAGUGCAACCAAUAGCACGUCCUAUCUUGGAAAUACCACAGAGAAUGUCUUCAAAGUGUCCAACUUGAAGCCAGGCCACAAUUACUCUUUCGCGGUGCAAGCGCGGUGCCUCUACAAUGGGCAGAUGUGCGGAGAGCCGGCGACGCUGCUCUACAAUGAACUAGCAACGGGCGAAAAUCCUGCGGCCUCUACGAUGGGGAGAUCUACAGACGUGGCCGCCAUUGUGGUACCGAUAUUGUUCUUCUUACUGGUGACCAUGGGCGUAGGUUUCGUCGUCCUGUACAUGCGGCACCGAAGACUUCAGAGCAGCUUCACCGCCUUUGCCAACAGCCACUACAGUUCUCGACUGGGGUCAGCCAUCUUCUCUUCGGGUGAUGAUUUAGGGGACGAGGACGAUGAAGCGCCAAUGAUCACGGGCUUUUCAGAUGACGUCCCCAUGGUGAUAGCGUGAAGUGUGCUUCGGACUCGGGGAAACCAAAAUGGUGUAAAUAUUUUGUUUGAUAAAAAAAGCAAAAAACAGUCAACUGUUUAUUUUACAACAAAAAAAUGCACUUUUGAGUUGCAAUAUGUUAUUUUUGUAUGGGCUGAAAAAAAAUGAAGAAGAUGAUGAUGAAGAAGAAAUAAUUAUUACACUUUGUAGUACACAGCUGUGAACUUCCAAACCAGGUUGAUUUAGCAAUGAGUAUCUGUUGAUGUUGUUUUAACUUUCAAAAUUUUCAUACUUUUGAUUUAGUCUUACGAGGCUGUGCUUGCUGGGCAUGUUUUUAAAGUCUGUGUGUGAGAGAGACUGUUUCUUUUCUGUUGACUGACUCUCAUCCUCAGAGAACUUCCACGGCCAGGGAGAAACCCCUUGAUGCUCGCUCUGUCUUUGAUGUCACAGGGUGGAGCUACGUAGACAUGUUGAAGGAUGGAGGGCCAACAGCCGAUCCGUCUUGAACUCCCUGUUGUAAUGUAUACUAAUGGAAAGUGGUGUCAUGUGAGCCUUUUAGGCAUUUCCCAGCCUUUGUUCAGCUUCUGCUAUAAGGCGAAAGAGGAGGGUCAUGGAAGGGGGUCUAAGAAUGGAGACCCCAGAUUUCUCGCUUUUACCAAUGCCACAGGGGGCAGAGUUCACUCAUUCAGCGACAACCCCCGUCUGCAAAGGAUGAUCCUUAGCUUCGGGGUUCACCCUCCCUUCUAAACCAGAGAUUGAAAGGGUUCGAUUUUAGACCAGACCCCCAAAAUCCCCCACCAUGAUGACUGUGUUAGCUGCAGAAAUCAGGGAGAGGUGGUCCAAAACCCAAAUAUAUUUUUCCUGCACUGCUUGUAUCUUGUGUGUCUGGCCUUAUAUUCUGCUUCUGGACUCUUAGGUGGCAUUAUGGAUCUUUCCCUCCAUUCUCUCCCCACCCAUCCCUUCUUGGAUCCCACACUUGCUUCGGGCCUAAUCCACCAGAUAGUCCCCUCCCCCAUGGUCUGAGCACCUGGCUCUUUUCAAUAUCCAAGACCCACAGAAGGAGCAGAGAGCAGGGAAUCCUGUAAAGCUACAGUGACAUGCCACUUCCAUUACAAUACGUUACGAGAGAGAGAGAGAGAGAGAAAUUGGGAUGGGCCUGUUUUUAGAGGUUGGCCUGUCUGUUCUUUGUCUGCCUCUAAAUUGGAGACAAGGUGAAGGGCUGAAAAGCAGGAUGGCCGUUUCAUGCCAAAGUAAGCAUCAGUAAAAUGGAAGACAGAAGGUUAUCCUGAUUUGCAUAACUUUCCAUGUGCGAAUCGAUUCCAAAAAUUCGAGAUGACCUGCAAAUUUUAAACAGAAUGAUGAUGAUGAUGCUCAGUGACCAAGUGACGUGCUUGGGUGCUGCUCACAGGGGGGCUGAGGUCCAUGAUCUGUCUUCCUGGGGUUCUUUGUCUUUAAAUCUGAUUCGGCCUGGACAGCUUGUUGAAUGGGGGACACCUUCAGAAGGAAGAUGGCUUGAUAGCCAUCCUUCAAGUGGAGAACUCUCCUACGUCUAAGAGGACAUGCGGCCACCCUUCUGAGCAGUCCCUUUGUGACCUUCAUUUCUGAAAACAGAUAAGGUGGUGUAAUAUAGAUGGCUUCUCCAUGGACUUCAUGAGGAGACAUUCCUUCAAAUGCUGCUACAAAUAACCUCCACAGAUUUCUGGAGGACUUUUUAAAAUUCCUUAACUAAGUCUAGUUUCUGGUUCAUGAACCGAUGAACUAAGAGAACCAGUUCUCUCAGGAUCAGAGUCUCAAAUUAGCUGGUUUUUUGUUUUUGUUUUGUUUUUCCUACAAGAGAUUUUAUUUUAAGACAGAUAUUCAGGAAAUACAAAUAUAUAUCUAUAUAUAGCUAUGAAGAGAGAUAAUAAUUCCUGAAAGUUUUACAUUGACUUUUAAACAAUGGUUUGGAUUUUGUUUUGUAUGAGGGUAUAUUUUUGUUUUGUUUUGUUUUCUUAAUUUAUUAGGAAAUCUGCUUUGAGUCAGAGUUCCAGAAUUUCUCAGUCAUGUGCACACUUUAUUGUGUGAAAGAAUGUGCCACUUUAAUCUUUUGCAAAGAUCGUUCGUUAUUUUGUGUCCUGUGGUCGAAUCAGGUAUUAAUGCCAUAGUAAAAAAAAAAAAAAGCACCAAAACACAUUUUAUUUUUUUCUUCUUCGAAUAGUUUGACACACUUUAUGAGAAAGCGAAAAAAGGGGGAAGUGAGGUAGAGUGACAGAACCAAACGAGAAUGAAAUAUAUUCUCCGUAUCACUUAGCAUGUGUUCAUGAAAGCAAACAAUGGUAUAUGACGCACCAAGUUUAUUGUGGGUUUUUUGUUUGCUUUUCUGGUAGAAUUUUUGGAUAAGAGUAAAAUGUGUGUUUCGGUGCUCAGAACGUUCAUGAACACGCUGCUGUCUCCACUGAGAUUUCUCAACCUUUCAAAACCCGUCUACCUUGUCGAUGCACAUAAAAAUCUCUUAUUCAACUCCCCCUCAUUUUGUCUAAAAUGGUGUAAACAACAACACAUCAAAGUGUUUAUAAACUAAGGAGGAGGAGAGAAUGGAUUUCAAUACGUUUAACACGGCUGUGCGUCAUUGGGAAGAUCCAAGAGGCUGCAUGCUAAAGGAUGUCAGGACACAAUGAAUGAAGCCUGGGGUGUGGAAUGGAACUCUUGGUGAUUUCACAGAAGAUCUGGUCUGAUGAUCGAACCUUCCUGUCUAUUUAGGGCUUUGUGGGAGAGUUGGGAAGGCACUUUGAGAGAAGCCACCCCCAACAGCCUAGCUUGACCUUCAGUCUCUUUCUACUGGGCAUUGGGUGGUCUGUUCUCCCUCUUGUAAAGGCACUAAAAAACCCACAGUGGAUCAGGAGAUGGCUGCAGGGGUACAGCACUGAAUUGCUAGCCAUGGCGCCAUAAUGUUUCUCUGCUCUGAGGUUUGGGAGGGGGGCCUGAGUGCAAUGCAGUCUUAGAUGCAGAAGCACCAACUAUUGGAUUGUGCCUCAGGCUUUCCCCUCCCAGCCUUUGACUCAUUAUUGUCAACACAAAAUUCAUAUAUAAAAUAUGCAGCUAGCAGUUAGGUGUUUAUAACAGCUUCCUUCAGCUUACUUUAAAUGCCAUUAGAUUAAUUGCAGAUUUCCCAUUACCUUUCCUUCCUGAUGCCCUGGUGACAUUUUCCCCUCACCUGGUUGAUCAUUCUUGGCUGAUUUUUGUUUGUUUUUUUGAGAAAGAGCUCUCAUUCAUUCCAAACAUUCCUCAGUGGCAGCUGUUGAUGGAACCUCUGUGUUUGUAUGCGCCAUGUUACCUGGUUUCUUGAUGCUGCAAAUUCAGCUAUGCAGAGUUUGGCUCCAAAGUCAGUGUCAGGUAACCCUCUGCCUUUAUGUUUGCAUAAGCAACAGUGGAACUUCGACAAUGCAAAACAGUUAAGCAGUAAAAGCAAGGGCUCGCGGAAAGACCUGUGUUACCUGCAGUCACCAAUGGGAUAUAACCUGGUUGUUCUCUCUCUGUUUGCCUUCUGAAUUGGAAGCAGAUAAGGCUCUGGAGAGGGGUUGGUUUCCCUGACCUUCCAUGAACAGGAUGUAGACCGUCCAUGGGCCAGAGUUCCAGUUAUUGAUGAUGGCUUCAUUGACAAUGGAAUAGUCUCUCUCUGUUUUUUCUUCUCUCUCUCUGUCAUCCACACACACUUACAAACACAGAGUGAUGAAUGUCAACAUUAGCAUAAAGGGACAGAAAGUCCUCCCAAACCAGUUUCCCAGUAUGGUGUGUUGUGGAUGAAAUAGUCUGUGUAUUGAGAUCAGUCCUUUUCUUAGCUUCAUGGUGGAUUCUGGGAACUGUCGUCCAAAAGAUGAACUUCUUUUCACUUUGCAACCCACCUUACAAUCCCCAAAAUGUUAGGAUCCACAGAGCUAAGGCUUCAGGACUGUACAGAUUCACAUUAUCAUGAUUUUAUUCCAGGGGCACCUCAUGAAACUCUACAUCCAAACUUUGUUUUAGAAAGAUGCAUUAGGGAGGGUCAUUUUGAAAGUCUUUCUUGGAUACCAUGCUUUGUUUCCAAAGUUGGAAGGGAAGAAUCCCAAAGCAGAUCGCUUGCUUCUUCCUCCAGUAUAAAAGAAGUGGACACUGUUUGUUGCUGCUGCUGUUUGUUUGUUUUUUGUGUUUUUUU